UGUUUUGUCAACUAUUUGAACUAUGCUUUGAUAUAAAAAAUUGAGUGCAGCCAAUCUCACGCCAACAACAACAAUAGACUCAGAUACUCUUUCUUUCUUUAUCUCCAUCAGUCUUCGAAUCAAUUCAUUUUACUCAACUCUCGUGGGAACAAAAUUCUCCAACAUUCCUCCUACGUUUUUUUAAUCAAAAAACAGUUGUUAAGGUUCUCUGCUACCUCUUCUCCAUUUUCAUUAACUCAUACAAAAAAAAACAUCAUCAUUUUUUGUCGUAACAGAUCAAUAUGGCUCUAUCACGUUUAUCUUCUUCUUCUUCUUCCAUCGGAUCCAAUCUCUUCAAACCCUUCUCCGCCGCCUUCACUCUCAACCGUCCGAUCUCCUCCGACACAACCGCCACUCUCACUAUCGAAACCUCCCUCCCCUUCACCGCCCACAACUGCGAACCACCUUCCCGCUCCGUCACCACAUCACCCUCCGAGCUUCUCUCGUUCUUCCGCACCAUGGCCUUAAUGCGUCGGAUGGAAAUCGCCGCCGACUCACUCUAUAAAGCCAAACUCAUCCGCGGGUUUUGCCACCUCUACGACGGUCAGGAAGCCGUCGCUGUCGGUAUGGAAGCUGGAACGACGAAAAAGGACUGUAUUAUUACUGCUUACCGUGAUCACUGUACUUUUCUCGGUCGCGGUGGGACUCUACUUGAGAUUUAUGCAGAGCUUAUGGGAAGAAGAGAUGGGUGUUCGAAAGGCAAAGGUGGUUCGAUGCAUUUUUAUAAGAAGGAUUCUGGGUUUUAUGGGGGGCAUGGGAUUGUGGGUGCUCAAGUUCCUUUGGGGUGUGGUUUGGCUUUUGGGCAGAAGUAUUUGAAAGAUGAGAGUGUUACUUUUGCUUUGUAUGGAGAUGGUGCUGCUAAUCAAGGACAGCUUUUUGAGGCUCUUAAUAUUGCUGCUCUUUGGGAUCUUCCUGCUAUUUUGGUUUGUGAGAAUAAUCAUUAUGGAAUGGGAACUGCUGAGUGGAGAGCUGCUAAGAGUCCUGCUUAUUACAAGAGAGGGGAUUAUGUUCCUGGAUUGAAGGUAGAUGGCAUGGAUGUUCUUGCUGUGAAACAAGCUUGUAAAUUUGCAAAGGAGCAUGCUUUGAAGAAUGGGCCCCUUAUUCUUGAAAUGGACACCUACAGAUACCAUGGUCACUCCAUGUCUGAUCCUGGAAGCACAUACCGAACACGCGAUGAAAUUUCUGGUGUGAGACAGGAGCGUGAUCCAAUUGAGAGAGUUAGAAAGCUGUUAUUGUCUCAUGACAUUGCUACUGAAAAGGAGCUUAAGGAUACUGAAAAAGAAGUCCGAAAAGAAGUUGAUGAAGCCAUUGCUAAAGCAAAGGAUAGUCCAAUGCCUGAUCCAUCUGAUCUAUUUUCCAAUGUAUAUGUUAAAGGAUACGGAGUUGAGGCAUUUGGUGUUGAUAGGAAAGAAGUGAGAGUUACGUUGCCAUAAAUAGGACAUUUAUUAGUACCAAACCGAUGAAAAUAAUGAAGAAUAAACAAUAUUUCUGCAGAACAAAUCGUCGAGCCUUUUUGGUUGAGUUUUCCCGCCCCGCGUAAAUAGUUAAUUUGCAAUGGGGUGGAAUGAAUACUUUUUGACAUGUAAUUUUUGUUGGAGAGCAAAGCAUUAUUGUGUUUAAUGCAAUUUGGUGUUGUGCAAAACUGAGGAAUUCACUGUGUUCAAAUUCCCUUAACCUUUGUUGAAACUAGUUUUAUGGGUAGAAUCCAAAAAUUCAUGUUUCUUUUGAAA